AUGCCUUCGCAAAAGCUCCGAUGUGUCUUGGGCGCAGUAGCUCUCUUGUGCUCCGGGCUGGCCCAAGCGCAAAAGUACGUCCUUCACGACAACUUCGACUCCUCCAACUUCUUCCAGGAGUUCAGCUUCUUCGACCAGGCCGACCCCACGCGCGGCUCUCAAAAGUACACCUCCGCGCAGACGGCCAACGACAAUGGCCUCGCCGGCUACGCCCGCAACGGCAUCUACCUCGGCGUCGACUCCAAGACUACUGGUCAAGGGCGCCAGUCGGUGCGCGUGACCUCCAACAAGGCCUACGAUGCCGGUCUCUUCAUCGCCGAUAUUGCCCACAUGCCCACUAGCAGCUGCGGCGUGUGGCCUGCGUUUUGGAUGUUUGGUCCUAACUGGCCAAACUCCGGAGAGAUAGACAUCAUCGAGGGCGUCAACACGCAGGAGUCCAACGCCGUCACCCUGCAUACGGGCCCCGGAUGCACCAUCAACAACGACGGCACAGUGCCGUCCACGACGCUCAAGGAGAAGGACUGCAACGCCGGCACCGCCUUUACGGGCUGUGGACAGACUACCGCCAGCAACCAGAACUACGGUGACGGCUUCAACGCCAUCGGCGGCGGCGUGUACGCCGUCGACUUCAACCCCCAGAGCAUCUCCGUCUGGUUCUUCCCCCGCAGCGCCAUCCCCGGCGACGUGAGCUCCGGCAACCCGAACCCCGGGUCGUGGGGCCAGCCGCUCGCCAAGUUCAACGGCGGCUCCGGCUGCGACAUCUCGUCGCACUUCAAGCAGCAGAACCUCGUCUUCAACAUUGCCCUGUGCGGCGACUGGGCCGGUAAGGUCUGGGACCAGAACCCGGAGUGUGCCGCCCUCGCGCCCCAGUGCUCCGACUACGUCGCGGCCAACCCGCAGGCUUUCACCCAGGCUUACUGGCUCAUCAACUCCGUAAAGGUCUACCAGUCCGACGGUGCGAGCCCCGCCGCCGGUUCGUCGGCGCCCGGUGCUCCCCCGGCACAGCAGUCUGGCGGUCCUCCUCGUCCCGGACCUCCUCGGGCUCCCGGGGCUGCCCAGUGA